CUAGCUGAGGUGGGGUCCACCUUCUUACCUGGCUUCCACGUUAAGGUGGGAGAGAGGGAAGCCGGUAGCAGCUCAACCAGCAGCUCUGGGGUGGAGGGGUCUGCCCUUCUGGAAAGCACUCCAUUUCUUCCAUCUAAUAACCUUGCUGUAUGCUUUAUCAGUUCUCUCUCCAUUCCGGCCCUGGGGAACUUUUCCCUGAGGCUGACCAGACAGUUGGGGGACCCAUGUUCCUAGCAGUUCCCAGUGAGGACCACUGGCGUCUGGGAAUGGACAUGGCAGGCAGGAUAAGACAAGCAUGAGCGCUCAGGAAGGAGUGGUGGCCGGUUUCCCGCAUUCAAAUUCACCUCUUAUUUCCAGAUACUGUUCCCUCCCCCACACACUACCGAGACCCCUGGAAACCGGAACCCAGAGCGCCGCAUGGCGGCCCUCCCGGGGCCGGGGCUCCAGCGAUCAGCACGUCUGCCCGGAUCCGUGCACGAUGCCACCCGCGGGCUUCGAAGGUCCCCAUUUGCUCGGCUGGUGGCCUCGUCCGCCUCAGCUGUUUCUGCUCCUGCUGCUGCUGCUCCUACCGCAGCCCAUAACCCGCGCUCAGACUUCACCCAGCACCCCUGGCGGGCCCACCACCAGGGGCGCCCCGGGCACCACAUCCACGCCAGGCGCCCGUAGCGCCUCAACGACGCUGGGUACCCCCAGCUCCCGGGCCCUUGAAGAGCGGGCACGGGCCUUGAUGCGGGACUUCCCACUUGUGGAUGGCCACAAUGACCUGCCCCUUAUCUUGAGAAAAGUUUCCUCAAAAGGGCUACAGGAAAUCAACUUGCGGAACUUCAGUCAUGGCCACACCAACCUGGAAAAGCUUAGAGACGGUUUUGUGGGUGCCCAGUUCUGGUCAGCCUACGUCCCAUGCCAGACCCAGGACCAGGAUGCCCUGCGCCUCACCCUGGAGCAGAUUGACCUCAUUCGUCGCAUGUGUGCCUCCUACUCUGAGCUGGAGCUGGUGACCUCAGUCCAAGCCCUGAACAACACCUGGAAAUUGGCCUGCCUUAUCGGCGUGGAGGGUGGCCACUCCCUGGACAGCAGCCUCUCUGUGCUGCGCAGUUUCUAUGUGCUGGGAGUGCGCUACCUGACGCUCACCCACACCUGCAACACCCCCUGGGCUGAGAGCUCCACCAAGGAUAUCCACCCCUUCUACAGCAAUGUCAGUGGACUCUCCAGCUUUGGUGAGAAGGUGGUGGCAGAAAUGAACCGCCUGGGCAUGAUGAUAGACUUGUCCCACGUCUCUGAUGCUGUGGCCCGGCGGGUCCUGCAAAUGUCACAGGCGCCUGUCAUCUUCUCCCAUUCGGCUGCCAGGAGUGUAUGUGAGAAUCCUCGGAAUGUUCCUGAUGACAUCUUGCAGCUUCUGAAGAAUGGUGGCAUCGUGAUGGUGUCCUUGUCUGUAGGGGUACUGCAGUGCAACCUCUUAGCCAACGUGUCCACUGUGGCAGAUCAUUUUGACCACAUCAAAGAAGUCAUUGGAUCCAAGUUCAUUGGGAUUGGUGGUGAUUAUGACGGAACCAGCAACUUCCCCCAGGGGCUGGAGGAUGUGUCUAAGUACCCGGUGCUGAUAGAGGAGUUGCUGAGGCGGGGCUGGAGUGAGGAAGAGCUCCAAGGUGUGCUCCGUGGAAACCUGCUACGGGUCUUCAGCCAAGUGGAACAGGUACGGGAGCAAAACAAAUGGCAAAGCCCGCUGGAGGACAAGUUCCCAGAGGUACAGCUGGGGAGCACCUGUCGCUCCUCGCAACCACGCCUGCAUCGGCGACAGUAUGCGUUUUCAGACCAGCGACCCACUGAAGUUUCAACACAUUGGUCAUUAGACUUAUCCAACGUGUCACUCUCCAAAUCUCCACUACACAGGGCCUCAGGGCUCCUGGCUACUGCCACCUUUGCAAUCCUCAUUCUGUGGCUCUGACAAAUGUGGUGCUGCCAGAUAUCACUGACAGCUACAGAUGCUCCUGCAAAACUUCCCCUUUGUGAAGACAUAAGCAUUUCCUAGAAAUAAAUAUUUUGGAUGUGAA